AUGAAGUUGUCUGCAGUUUUAGUCGCGCUCUCCUUAUCUUGGACGGCUCAAGCAUGCGCCCGGUACAAAUACUGCCAUCGUUAUAAUGCCGACUGCACACCCAACGAUGACAUUACAAUGAAGGCUUGCGACGGAUACCCUAUUAUCAGGGACCAAGGUUACACUGAGUGCAAUCAUUAUCGGUUCGGUAUAUUUGGUUCAUCAGCUUUGGAUAACUGUAUAUUCCGAUCAUGGUGCCUUUACCACGGCGCGACCGGAGAUGAUUCAAGCUGCAGAGCCAAGGUGCGGUAUUAG